ACCCCGUUCUACCCGUUGCAAAGUGGCAUCUUCUGCUUUGUAUUUCAAAGCAUUAAUUGAUGACCUACCACACUCUCAUAAUUGCGGUAGAAUAACACUACUUGACCAACCUUACACCUCUUUCCCUCAUACUGUUCUCAGUACUAUAUUUUCUCUUAUACCUUACCUAUAUAAUAGACGAUUGUGAAACAAAGCAACAAUGGUUCUAGUAAAGAGCUUCGUGCUCGCCGGGCUAGCUGCCGCCGUAGCAGCUAAAUCUGCAGUCCUUGAUCUCAUCCCAUCCAACUUUGACAAGGUCGUUCUCAAGUCUGGCAAGCCUACUCUUGUCGAGUUCUUUGCCCCCUGGUGCGGUCACUGCAAGAACCUUGCUCCCGUCUACGAAGAGUUAGCCCAGGCUUUCGCUACCAAUAAGGAUGUUCAGAUUGCCAAGGUAGACGCCGAUGCCGAGAGGUCCUUAGGCCAGAGGUACGGUGUCCAAGGGUUCCCUACUCUUAAGUGGUUCGAUGGCAAGAGUGAUAAGCCAACCAACUACGAGGGCGGCCGGGAUCUCGAAAGUUUGACCAAAUUCAUCACCGACAAGACUGGCGUCAAGGCUAAGAAGAAGUUGGAGAUGCCUAGCCAGGUCAACAUAUUGACAGACACCACAUUCAAAGAGAUCAUUGGAAGCGAUAAGGACGUGCUUGUUGCUUUCACUGCUCCUUGGUGCGGUCACUGCAAGGCCUUGGCUCCUACUUGGGAGACCCUAGCCGAGGACUUCAUCAACGAGCCCAAUGUUGUAGUCGCCAAAGUUGAUGCUGAAGCCGACAAUAGCAAGGCAACUGCUAGUGAGCAGGGUGUUUCUUCCUACCCGACUAUCAAGUUCUUCCCCAAGGGCUCCACCGAAGGCGAACCCUACUCCGGCGGCCGAAGCGAGAAGGACCUCGUUAGCUUCCUUAACGAGAAGACCGGUACUCACCGUGUCCCCGGCGGUGGCCUCGAUGCGACUGGAGGUACCAUCGACGCCCUGAACCACAUCGCAUUGAAAUAUGCUGCUGGUAGCGACAAGUUGGCCGACCUAGCCGCAGAGGCCAAGAAGGUUGCCGCUGAUCUGGCCGAGGAUGCGCAGUACAAGUAUGCGCAAUACUACAUCAGAGUAUUUGACAAGCUAUCGCAGAACGAGGGAUACGUUGCGAAGGAGUCGGCUCGCCUGGAUGGUAUUAUCAAGAAGGGCGGUCUAGCUCCUUCUAAGCUAGAUGAGCUCCAGAGUAAGACCAACAUCUUGAAGCAAUUCAUUAAGAAGGUCGAGGAGAAGGUCACAGGUGAUGAUGAGAAGGAAGAGCUAUAGUAUGACUCGUCAUAAGCAAACCAAGUCGAGCGGACGUGUUGUAACGUUUAUAACGAAUAACGAAAGAAAGUGCGUAAUCUGAAAGGCGCAUUAUUGUAUAGAGUCUAGUUGCUGUACCGUCUGUCCUAUACAAACCAUGAUGAACCAAAC